AUGGAGCCUGCGGGGCGCCCCCGGGACCGGGUCCCCAGGAUCGAUCCGUACGGGUUUGAAAGGCCCGAAGACUUUGAUUAUGCAGCUUAUGAGGAGUUUUUUUCCGCCUACCUGGUGAUACUCACUAGAAGAGCGAUGAAAUGGUCCAAACUUUUGAAGGGGGGCGGAGGUGUCCAGAAGAGCGGUACAGUGAAGCGCUAUAUCCGGAAAGGUGUCCCCCUGGAGCACCGGGCCCACGUCUGGAUGGGGGUGAGCGGAGCCCAGGCCCGGAUGGACCAGAACCCCGGCUAUUACCACCGGCUACUGCAGGGAGAGUGCAGCGGCAGGCUGGAGGAGGCCAUCCGGACAGAUAUGAACAGGACCUUCCCGGACAACGUGAAAUUCCGGAAGAGCGCGGAUCCCUGUUUACAAAAGACCCUGUACAACGUGCUGGUGGCCUAUGGGCGCCACAACCAAGGUGUGGGGUACUGCCAGGGAAUGAACUUCAUAGCAGGCUACCUGGUCCUCAUAACCAAGAGCGAAGAGAAAUCCUUUUGGCUGUUAGACGCGCUCGUGGGAAGAAUACUGCCUGAUUACUACAGCCCUGCCAUGCUGGGCCUGAAGACAGACCAGGAGGUCCUGGGGGAGCUGGUGAGGACCAAGCUGCCAGCAGUGGCGGCCCUGAUGGACAGGCACGGCGUCCUGUGGACCCUGGUCGUGUCACGCUGGUUCAUCUGCCUGUUCGUGGACGUCCUGCCCGUGGAGACGGUGCUCCGGAUCUGGGACUGUCUGUUCAGCGAAGGCUCGAAGAUUCUCUUCCGGGUGGCCCUGACCCUGAUCAAGCACCACCAGGCCUUUAUUUUGGAAGCCAGCAGUGUGGCGGACACCUGCGAGCGGUUCAAGGAGAUCACCAGAGGUAGCUUUGUGACCGAGUGCCACACCUUCAUGCAGAAAAUAUUUUCAGAGCCCGGGAGCUUGUCCAUGGCCACCAUCACCAGGCUUCGCGAGAGCUGCAGGGCCAGGCUGCUGGCGCAGGGCUGACCAGGACCCCUGUCCGCUGUCACCCCCGAGGCUUCAUUUCCAGAGCUGACGUUUCCUGCUGUUCGGUGCCAGAAGUACUUGACGUCUGUACACUUCGUUGUGAAUGUUUUUCAAGACCGA